AUGCAAUAUCCAGGUGCAAACCUUGAAAUAAACGAUUCGACUUUUGACUUGAAGCAGGCCCCUGACACUGACCGAUUAGGUAUUUUUUAUGAAGGCUUUAUUAGAAAGGUUUACGGGAUCCUCAGUGCCCAGCUUUUGGUUACAAUCUUGUUCUGUGGGAUUGUCAUGUCAAGUGAAAUCCUAACUGAGUUUGUCCAAAACAAUCUAGCUUUCUUCUUCAUUGCUGUAUUUGGAGUUUUUGCCUCAAUGAUCGCUUUACUCUGUUGCAAAAAUGUGGCUCGUGAAGUCCCGAAAAACUACAUCACGCUUUUCCUAUUCGUGAAUUUUAUUUAGACACUGUGCGAAAGCUAUAUGGUUGCGACAGUGUGCACUCUUUAUGAUGCUUAUACAGUAAUCACAGCUGCAGUAAUGACCCUUGGCGUUACUCUAGUGCUUACUGCCUAUGCAUGCUUGGUAAAGGAUAUUUAGACCAAAACAGAUUUUAGACCAUGUGUGGGGAUCAUGUUCAUUGCCCUUUCCUCGAUGAUUAUGAUGAUGUUCUUUGGCCUUUACCGCAUGGGAGAUAAUUUUGAAGUUGUCUGGUGCUCUCUUGGGGUAAUUAUUUAUGGAGUCUACAUCAUUAUAGACACCCAACUCAUUGUGGACGGAGAAAAGUAUGGAAUCACCUCUGACGACUACGUUAUUGGAGCAAUGCUUAUAUAUGUAGACGUUAUUGCGCUGUUUUUAAGAAUCCUCGAAUUGAUUGGAAAGCUCAAAGAGAAUUAA